GUCGUUGCACGGUAACCGUAACCUGAAAUUACAACAUUUCGAUCUGCUUCGGUGUGUAUCCGCGCGGCCGCGCAGGCAGAUUGUCACGGUAUGGCUGAUAUGGGCCUAAGUUUAGAUGACAUAAUUAAAAAGUCCAAGUCACCAGGAAUGCGAGGCAGAGGAGGGAUCCGCAGGGGCGUCGGCAGAGGGGCACGGGCAAACGGCUUUAUAAGAGGACGCGGCGGCUCGCACAUGGUAACAGACGCGCGGUUCAAGAUAAUCCAGAAGAACCGGGAGAAACUGACCGACGCCAGGGACAAACUAGCGGAGAUAGCGAAGCAAAGUGAUGCCAGGCUCAAGUUGGACAAGAUCCGCGCGUCCCAGUACAAGAAGAUAGACGCUCAGCUACCGGGGAUAUCGCGCAAGACCGGCAGAAACGGCAGGCUUUCGUUGUCGACCAACAAAGCACCAGCUGCGAUGUCGCACGUAACAAUGCCGCCGAACGUGUCGAACAAUUACAUACCACAGGUAGUGGUGAGCUACAGGCCGCCUCCCAUGUCCGAGCCGCAUUACUUGGGCGAUAUGAACAUAGAUUACAAUGACGAUUAUUCAAUGGAGUCUCCUUCAUUGAGGAGAACUGUAAGUAACGAAUACGCUCCGACCCCACCGCCCCCACCUCCUGUGUUCAAUAUCAAGCCGAGUUCUCCUUACACCUGGGUGAAGCCGGCGAGCAGUAACGUAAUCAGAAUUUCGCCCCGGAAGUCCGACAUAGAGAGGGAGCGAGAGAGACAGAGAGAUUACAAAAUAAUGCCUUCAAUGAGAAAAACCGCUUCACCUCCAUACAAGGAAGACUGGAGCUUCGGUACCAAAUCGAGAACGAUCUUAGCCGAAGAGACGACGGACUCCAAGUAUUAUGAUUCCAGAAGCCUGCGGGAUGUAGGGAUCAAGUCGCGCCUGGACUCGUCUCCCAACAAGUCGAGAACCAUGGGUGUUCUCUCCCGGCCAAAGACGAGCUCCGGUUCAUCGGCGCAACCGGCGGGCUAUCGAAUCGUAGUGUCUAACUUGCAAGCGAACGUCACGCAAGAGGAUAUCAAGGAGCUGUUCGAAGACGUCGGGGAGCUGCUCGUGUCGAGAUUAGUGCGUCCAGGCACGGCGGAGGUGAUCUACAAGACUCUGAAGGACGCGACCAAGGCGGUCGAGACUUACCACAAUCGGCAGCUGGACGGCCAUCCUAUGAAAUGCCUUCUCGUUAAUCCACGGCCGAAGAAUAAUCCAACCGGGCCGGCCGUUCGUCCUCUCACGGAAUCGAGGCGCAGUGUCAGCUCGAGUUAUGUACAACCGAGUUUAGGAGCGGUGCAUCGCGCGUUAUUCGACGAUUCUUAAUCGUGCGCACCUCUUCGGAUAUAAAUCAAUACUGAUUUAAAUAAAAAGAACGUCAUGUAUAUCUAAUGGACCUCCCCUACACACACACACACACACACACACACACACGCACGCAUUAUAGGUUUAAAAAGAAAUUUACGAAACAGAGAGAAUAUAGGCAAAACUUGACUCGGGGCGACGGGGAACGCAACGACGGCUGUUUGCGUCGCGUGUGACGCUUACGCGUCCCCCCCGGAUCUCCAAACUUUAAUCGCAAUUGCAUCAAUAAAAUUGUACCAUUUAACUAUACUUCAUUCUAUAAUGAAACGCAGCCAGUACGUUCUGUGUGGAUCGACCAACACUAGAACGCUCGCGUAUUAGACUGUCAUUAUUUUUUAGGAACGUUUCUUUCCUUCAACAUCUUUUAUGUAUUUCUUCAAUUGUUGCUUCGUUAUCUCAGGCGUAUGAUGUAAACGUUUCCUUUCGUAACAAUAAUAAAUUGUAUACAUUUAUGCAACUGUAUGCACAACCUUA